CGGUUUGUGUGUCGGCCAACUUGACGCAGCCAUGUCAACUACUCUCCCGACACUGGUGGAGUGAAGGCGUAUUUGGAGGGAUAACGAUAACACACCCGGCCACAGUGGGCAAAAAGACACCGCCGCUGCUGCUGCUGCUGCCGCCACCACAGACACACACCGCUCACUGACUGACUGAGGGGAACCGGAGCGCUGCCUCGCGACUGUGAGGCGUAAAUGGCCACAACAUUUCCUAAAAAGAAGACGCUGCCAGUGAGACAACCUGUGUACGAAAUGCGCCCUGGAAAUUAGGCUUGCGCGCAUUUGCCGUAAAUAAAACCUUUUGUCGCCCGACGGAAGUUUCUGUGACAAUUUUUUUUCUUUUCUUUUCUUUCUUUCUUUCUUUCUUUUUUUUUUGGAAGGGAUUUUGAUUUAUCGGCUGCAGACAUGGACGAGGACAACCAAGUACCUGAGGACCUGUCUUUGGAGGAAAGAGAUGAGCUGUCGAACAUACGACGCAGGAAAAAGGAGCUUCUGGAUGAUAUUGAACGGCUGAAGUUUGAGAUUGCAGAGGUAAUGACUGAGAUUGAGCAGCUAACCUGCGUGGGGGAGAGCAAAACCACGCAAAGAAACAAACAGAUUGCCAUGGGGAGGAAGAAGUUCAACAUGGACCCUAAAAAGGGGAUCCAGUUUCUUUUGGAGAAUGAUCUUCUCCAGAACACCCCAGAGGACAUUGCACAGUUCCUCUACAAAGGCGAGGGGCUCAACAAAACAGUCAUCGGGGACUACUUAGGGGAACGGGAUGACUUUAACAUCAAGGUCCUCCAGGCGUUUGUGGAGCUUCAUGAGUUUGCUGACCUCAACCUCGUACAAGCCUUAAGGCAGUUUCUGUGGAGCUUCAGACUUCCUGGCGAAGCCCAGAAGAUUGAUCGUAUGAUGGAGGCGUUUGCCUCCAGGUACUGCCAAUGCAAUCCUGGCGUCUUCCAGUCCACAGAUACCUGCUAUGUCCUAUCAUUUGCCAUCAUUAUGCUGAACACCAGCCUGCACAAUCCCAACGUCAGAGACAAGCCCCCCGUGGAGCGCUUCAUCUCCAUGAACAGAGGGAUCAAUGAGGGGGGAGACCUCCCAGAGGAGCUACUCAGGAAUCUAUACGACAGCAUCAAGAGCGAACCCUUUAAGAUCCCAGAGGAUGAUGGGAAUGACCUGACGCACACGUUCUUCAACCCAGACAGAGAGGGCUGGCUGCUCAAAUUAGGGGGCCGAGUGAAAACCUGGAAGAGAAGGUGGUUCAUUCUGACGGACAACUGCCUCUACUACUUCGAAUACACAACAGACAAGGAGCCUCGUGGGAUCAUCCCGCUGGAGAAUCUCAGCAUCAGGGAGGUGGAGGAGCCCAGGAAACCUAACUGUUUUGAGCUCUACAACCCCAAUCACAAGGGCCAGGUGAUCAAAGCCUGCAAGACAGAAGCAGAUGGGCGGGUUGUUGAGGGCAACCAUGUGGUGUACAGGAUAUCAGCACCCACACCGGAGGAGAAGGAAGAGUGGAUUAAAUCUAUCAAGGCCAGCAUUAGCAGAGACCCCUUCUACGACAUGCUGGCCACCAGGAAGAGACGCAUCGCUAACAAGAAGUGAAGCGGGACAAUCUUCUCAACCCCCAGCCCCUCCAUCUUUCUCUCCUUCAGUUCAUAAACACAUAAACCACACACUGCAAAGCUGGUUCACCACAGAAGUGACUGUCAACUUUCAGAAAAGACUUUGACUGAUGACAAACCUCAGUUUCUCCCCUGGACUGUCCACAAGUCUGUGCACUUGUUGGGGAGACGUCACACACUACCAAGGGGACAACAGAGCUCCAGGAAACUCAUAUGUGGACUAGAUUCAUGUAUGGAGCGGCACAUGAACAACCAACCAAUCAGUUUGUUUUUUCUCUAUCUCAUACACACCCCCCUACCUCCCCCUCUCAUGGUCAUUACAUGGUUCCAGGUCUCCCUAAAGCACAACUGCCAUGUUUCAGGUGCACAUGCAUGCAUGUGAGUUGUUAUAGACCAAUAUGUUUGUGUUUGUGUGUGUGUGUAUGUGUGCGUAUGCAGUAGUGUGCAUGCUAUCAGUGCACACAGCUUCUGCAGUGUGGGUGCGUAAGAGCUACAAGUGUUCCCUCCACUGUGCUUUAUGAAAAAGUUGUAAUGAUUCAAAAUCAGAGUUCAGAUGUGCGGUCAGCUACAUUGGGCACAACUGUUUAAAUAUAAUGGUGAAUAUGGAUGUUUGGGGAAAGAGGAAGAGACAGAUGGACAGAGGGAGGAGUCUUGGGGAGGUGGUGGGUGAAUCAGUGCAGUAUAACCUCACCUGAACCAUGUUGUCAUCUCACUCUGGUGCUGAAUUCUUCUCUCCAGGUGCCAUGGCUGAAGACCUGCUCAGAGUAACCUCAGAAUACAGUGCUGGCUUACAUUUAGGUUCCUAACAAAGCAUUGCAGUCUUGAGUCAGCUGGGCUGAUUUCAUUUGUUUGUGUGGAGCAGAGAAUUUUGAAAUGUGCAUACUUUUUUAUUUUAGUUGUAGUAAAGGUGCUUUUGCUGAAGCUUGAGAUGAAACUUACUUUUUGGGCUUCUUAAGUUGUAAUCCUAAAGAUUGUGGUCCUGGCUGAUUUGGCUACACCCUUGAUUUACUGGUGGUGACAGCAAGCGUGACUUAAUACUGUAGCAAACACUCAGACAAACACAGAAGAGCAACUAGUUAGUGCAGCCAAGUCUGUUACAGCAAGUAGUAACUAGAGCUACUUACCUUGCUGAGGAAUCACCUGGAGCUCAGUGCAGGCUGAUCCAUCUUUUUCCAUUACACCAUCUGUAAAAUUGAAAAUGAUCUGUUGCUGAACCUGCUGAAGAUCAAACUAAAACAAGAAACACAUGCUUGAAUUUGUCCAUCAUAUGUGCUUCAGUAGAAUGAAUGCGGUAAUGGGGCAAAUAUUCGUAGGAUGGUAGUGAAAUGUGACCAUACCUUAACAAUGCAUGUGAGGGUAACUCAAAUCCAGCGGAUGAAUGGCAGACUCCACUCCACUAAUACAGAGAGGCAAUAGCAGAAUGUAAAUACAUUGAGUGGUUAUUGCAAAUGAAAUGCUGACCCUAAAUGGAAUCAAAAAUGGGGUCUGAUUUCGUGACAAUCUUAGGAAUUAUAACUUUGAAAGCACUUUUCAUUUGAGAAAGUCCUUUCAGUCCAAUGGGUAACUUUUAUUUCUGACUGUGCAUUGGCCCUAGAGGGUACCAGUCCAAUUAAGCUUUUUUUUUCUUGUCUAUGGCCUAUGUCAGUGAAGGUCGAUGUAUUGUUGUGAUCCUGUUUGCAUUUGGUUUGUAAUCCUAAAGAUACUUGCUUGCUUUUGUGUUCCUCUUAUAAACUAUAUAUAUAAUAACCACCUAUCAUUUUGUAUUUAUUUUCAUUUGUGAAAUGGUUUAGUACUACCUGUAAAUGUUAAACAACGUAUGCUUAAGUUAUGUAUGUACAUAUAAUGUAUAGGUUUCCGGUCUCUUUGUUGUAGUAUGCACACUCUGUGUAAUGUUGCUUGAGCCGACUGGCAGAAAUUUGCAUCAGCUGAAGUUUGGGGUCUUCUUUACAAAAGCCUUAAACAUAAUCAUAAGAAAAUAUAUAAUAAUGAUGAUGAGAAUAUUGUUCAAUAACUGUGACGAUGCUGUUAAAAAGCCAUGACUGAUGAGUGAGAAAGAUGGUUGUAUUUAUGAUAAUGAUGAAAUAGAUUACAGUGAAAAUGAUGUUUGAUUUUAAUAAUGAUGAUUCUAGUAAAGUAAUAUCAGUGUUGAUGAUGAUGAGAAUAUCAUUGAUGAUGAUGUCAAAAACUAUAAAACAUCAGUAGUUUUCUAUGUGAUUGUAAAAUAAAAUGAAAGCCUUGUGGUCAGGGCAGAAUAUUAUCUUCUACCGCCCUGUGUGGGCUUAUAGUUACAUUAACUUUUAUAUUCUCUGUAAAAGCUAUUGGUCACGUUGUACAUUACGUGUAUCUACAUAAAGUAUACAUAACGCUUACA